ACCCAGCUCAGAUUUCAUUGCACUGUGCAGCCACAUAGGAAACAACUAAGUAAGUUUUAACAAUGUUCCUAUCCCUCAGUGGAAUUGGCUUUGUGGUGGAAUUAUGAUGAAGCAUUUGGGAGUUUUAAGAGCGAUAGGAAACUGAAAGUUUCAUAAAGUGAGAAACUCAAGACCUGAGACAAAAAAAGACACAGCACCUGCCUCUUGGGAUCUUUUUAAGUGCACAAUCUGCAUUGCACUGACAUUUCAACAGGAUUCAUAUUGGAAUUGAAGAUAUAGCAAAUCCAGGAUAGGAAUAUCCAUUUCAGCCGGAUUGAAAAUGUAUUCUGGAUUUUUCAUAGCAGCAGUUUUUUUAUAUCAAUGGAGAUUCAUUUUGACCCAAGGUUCAGUUCCUCAAGACAUUCUGAUUGUGCCAGAACUGAAUAUUUCUGACAAGCAACUGAUCAUUGAAAUAAAUGGAACACUCUCAGUCACUUGCAAGGGCCAAGCAUCCUUGAACUGGUCUGGACCCAACCUACCAGAUUCUACAAAAAACAGAUUAAACAUAACCAACUAUAGAUGUGAUGAUGAGCAGAAGUAUUUUUGCAGUACCAUGACUUUAAAGAAGGCUCAUCGCAGUGACACUGGAAGCUAUAUUUGUAAAUAUGACACUCCUGCAGACACUGAAAAUCUUAAAUCCAAGAUCUAUGUAUUUGUCAAAGAUCAUCAGAGUCCAUUUGUAGAACCUCAUACAGAACGGCCUGAAGUGAUAAAGUUCAAUGGAAGCAGCAGGAUUGUGAUUCCAUGCCGUGUUACAGAACCAAACCUACACGUCACCCUGCUGACGGACCACACAAUCUUUGAAAUUGAUGGAAUAAAUAACAAAUGGGAUCCUAAGCGUGGUUUUAUUCUUCAAAACUUGGAACAUAUUCCUGGCAUGUUGCGAUGCAAAGCCACGGUCAAUAAACAAACUUUUGAAUCUUGUUUUAUGAUAUCCAAGGAAGUUGAAGGAGUGAAAUCUGUUCACCUUAAUACUACUGAAAAAAUCAGGGUGCUAUCUGGAGAAUCACUGUCUAUCAAGUGCACAGCAAAAAUGCCUUUGAAUGCCAGACCUGCAUUUCAGUGGGAGUAUCCCGGCCUAGCAUCUAAUCGGAUAACCAAUAUUUACAAAGCACGUGAAAUCACAACUGUGUUUUACAGUAUUCUAACUCUGAAAGACAUUCAGCAAAGUGAUGAAGGAGACUACAUAUGCAAAGUAUCGAAUAAAAAUACGUUCGAAAACAGGACUAAAGUUAUUGUCUAUGAUAAGCCUUUCAUUAAAGCAAGGGUAAAAACAAACAAACUUUUGGAUGUAAUGGUUGGAGAAAAGUUUGUGAAGCUAUCUGCAAAAGUGAAUGCUUUCCCAACACCAGAGGUGUCCUGGUACAAAAAUGGAAAAAUCAUUACGCAGAAUCAGACUUGCUAUGUCCGAAACCGAUAUUCAUUAAAAAUAAUGCGUGUGUCAAAAGACGAUGAAGGGAAUUUUUCUAUUUCACUGAACAAUAAGCUGCAUAACCUACAGAAGAACCUCACCUUCACAUUAAGAGUGCUUAGAAAUGAGAAACCACAGAUCCAUGACAAAGGAGCAGGACUCCAAGACAAAAUGUUUUAUCAGCUUGGGAAGAAACACAAGUUGACCUGUACUGCUUUUGGGAUUCCAUCUCCGAGUUUUCACUGGGAAUGGCAGCCCUGUAUGAUCAGCAAGUCUGACAAAAUGUGUGAAACAAACGAUGAUAUGAAAAUUAACAUUACAGAACAUACAGCAAAUUUACAGUCAGACCAAGGCAACAGGAUUGAGAAAAUCAAUAACAAAACAGAACAACAUGAGGAUAGAAACAGUACUAUAAGCACUCUAACUGUGGCUGAAGCCAAGGUGUCAGGGAUUUACUUCUGUGUAGCAACAAAUGAUUAUGGUGAAGACCGCAGAAGAAUUAACUUUUACAUUACAGAUCAGCCAGACCACUUGCACCUCAAAGCAAAUGCCAAUGAAUCUCGAACUGAGGGAGAUGACCUAAAUCUCACCUGUCUCGUGAGAAAUUUCUUAAUGCAUGAACCUGCAUGGUAUUACCAGUCAUCAUUGAAUUCAUCGGACAUUAAUCUGAACCAAUACACUCAGAAAGUUUAUGGAAACUACUCCAAAACAUUAUUUCUCAGUAUGAGAAAUUUGACCGAAAACAACACCGGAAUUUAUAAAUGCAAAACAAUGAACAACACUUCCAAAGAGCAGUAUGAGAAGCACACCAUGGUCUACAUUAAACCCAAGACCAUACCAGUCCUUCAAAAGAACCUGACAGGACAGGAGGUUAACAGCAGUGGUACUGUGAUCCUGACUUGCGAUGUUAGUGGACGACCUCCUCCGAGCAUCACUUGGUACAAAAAUGAACAACCAGUUCUCCCAGCUUCAGGCAUUUUUUUGGAAUCAGGAAACAAAACUUUAAUCAUUGAAAGAGUCAGAUAUGAUGAUGAAGGAGAAUACAAAUGCAAGGCCACCAAUGAGCGGGGGAGUGUUGAAACAUCAGCAUAUGUAGCAGUCCUAGGGUCUGAGGAAAAAUCCAACUUGGAACUGAUCAUUUUGGUCUGUACUGGGGUAGCAGCCACACUCUUCUGGCUUUUGCUCACACUUUUCAUACGUAAACUCAAGAAGCCAAGUUCUGGGGAUGUUAAAUCUGGAUAUCUGUCCAUCAUAAUGGAUCCAGAUGAAGUGCCUCUGGAUGAGCAGUGUGAGCAUCUAGCAUAUGAUAGCAGUAAAUGGGAGUUUCCCAGGGACAGACUCAGGCUUGGCAAAACACUGGGACUUGGUGCAUUUGGAAAAGUGGUAGAGGCAUCUGCUUUUGGGAUUGAUAAGUCUUCAACCUGUAAAACAGUGGCUGUAAAAAUGCUGAAAGAAGGCGCUAGCACAAAUGAAUGCAAAGCCCUGAUGUCAGAACUGAAAAUUCUUAUCCACAUUGGCCACCAUCUGAAUGUGGUGAACAUGCUGGGAGCCUGCACCAAGCCUGGAGGCCCUCUGAUGGUAAUUGUAGAAUAUUGCAAGUAUGGCAACUUAUCCAAUUAUCUCAGGAGCAAGAGGAACGACUUCAUUUUAGUCAAGUGUCAGAGAAACAUUGACCAGCCUGAAACACUUGAUGAUGAGACCAGUCCCGAUGUAAUGGAAGGCAUAAAGCGAAGACUGGAAAGCGUGGCAAGUACAGGAAGCUCAACAAGUUCAGGCUUUGUGGAAGAUAAGAGUUACAGUGACACAGAAGAGGAGGAGGAAGAUGCAGAAGAUCUGUACAAACGACCGCUAGGUAUGGAAGACCUGAUUUGUUACAGUUUCCAAGUAGCCAAAGGCAUGGAAUUUUUGGCUUCAAGGAAGUGUAUCCAUCGAGACUUGGCAGCACGGAACAUCCUCUUGUCUGAGAGUAAUGUUGUGAAGAUUUGUGAUUUUGGGCUGGCUCGUGACAUUUACAAAGACCCAGAUUAUGUACGGAAAGGAGAUGCUCGACUCCCACUCAAGUGGAUGGCUCCAGAAUCCAUAUUUGAUAAAAUCUACACAACUCAGAGUGAUGUCUGGUCUUUUGGAGUGUUGUUGUGGGAAAUAUUUUCCUUAGGUGCCUCUCCAUAUCCAGGGGUACAAAUAGAUGAAGAAUUUUGCCACAAGCUAAAAGAAGGUACAAGGAUGAAGCCUCCUGAAUAUUCUACAUCAGAAGUCUACCAAACAAUGUUAAACUGUUGGCAUGGAGAGCCAGGAGAAAGGCCUACCUUCAGUGAGCUGGUGGAACAGCUGGGAGAUCUUUUGCAAGCCAAUGUUCAGCAGGAUGGAAAAGAUUAUAUUCCUUUGAAUACUAUGCUGCCAGCUGAUGGUGAUUCAAACCUUUCUGCAGAUCCCAGCCUCACAGAAGACAUAACAAAUCCAAAAGUUAAUUACAGUUGCACAGGAGUCAUCGGACUCAACAGCAACAAUGCAAAGAAGAGGCCAAUAAGUGUAAAAACUUUUGACGAGGUUCCUGUAGAAAAUAAGACUACUGUGAUACAUGAGGAAGGUGAAACUGACAGUGGGAUGGUGCUGCCCCCUGAUGAACUGAAGGCCCUGAAGCGUCAAGAAACCAGAUCCCGCCCUUUUGGACUAAUUACAUUAGCAAUGAGGGCCGUGAGUAAAAGCAAAGAAUCUGUAUUGUCUGAGGGUGAAAACCAUGCUAAUCCACUGCAGCCUACUGUGUGUGAUAUAGAAGAUGAUGGCCUGGAUUUUGCACUGGAGGAUUCAGUCCUGUUACCUAUGGAUCAAACUUUAGAAUGCCACAGCCCGCCACCAGAUUACAACACUGUUGUUCGCUACACCACACCACCAGUGUGAAUGAUCUGAAUUUCGAGAAUGCUAACACACCAUAAUUGUCAGUGCUUCUGAGUGAGCAAUAUACAACAGCACAAUAUUGCAAAAAUUGUAAAUUGAUCUCUUCUAUGAUGCAAAGGGAUAUACAGAAAGCCAUAUUAAGAUGGAUGACAGAUCUGCCACCAGCACGUAUAUUAAAACUCCACUAUUCAUUCUCUACAAAAUAAGAAUGUAGAUAACGAUUUUAUUUUUAUAAAGUCCCCAUGUCUGUGGAAAACACUAUGCAAUCAUUAUUACUGUAAGGCUAAGUGGUGGUGAGUACAGAUAGGGAUUUCACAGCUGUGGUGUGUACUCUGACUCAAAUUGUAUCAGUGAAAUAUAUGUCCAAAGUAUCCCAGUCAAUCAUGGGUACGUCAUGAAAAAAAGGUAUAUAAAACAUUUUGGUCAACUAAUUUGUUAAUUGACUGUUCUGAAAAAGGUUCGGUGCCUGAAAUGUAAACCUGUCUGUUUUGUCCACAAACGCUGACUGACUUGUUCUUGUUUACAGUGUUUUCUAUUUUUAUUUUACCAUCUGCAGUAUUUUUACUUAAAUGUUUUGAUUCGUUUUCUCAAAGGAAGAUGCUGUUACAUAUUGUCCAAUGUUUGGCUUUGACAUACUUCGGCCAGUAGGAAAUCCAGUGUUGCUAUUCUGUGAUAUUCACCACCAGAAAUCAAGGUGACCUAUUUUUGUUCAAACCUCCAAACUGAUUGAAGAGAUGGUGAAAUUAUGUGACUAUAAUGAUGUCUAACAGAUUUAACAGUAUAAACUCCCCGAGAAACAUUUGGGAGUUCAAUUGUCAGGACUUGCAGGUUAUUGCCAGGUGAAUUUCAGCUGGACCCCACCAGGCGAAAGUUUCUCACAGAAAUGAACAAGUACAUAGAACAUAGAACAUAGAACAGUACAGCACAGAACAGGCCCUUCAGCCCACAAUGUUGUGCCGACCAUUGAUCCUCAUGUAUGCACCCUCAAAUUUCUGUGACCAUAUACAUGUCCAGCAGUCUCUUAAAUGACCCCAAUGACCUUACUUCCACAACUGCUGCUGGCAACGCAUUCCAUGCUCUCACAACUCUCUGCGUAAAGAACCUGCCUCUGACAUCCCCUCUAUACUUUCCACCAGCCAGCUUAAAACUAUGACCCCUCGUGCUAGCCAUUUCUGCCCUGGGAAAUAGUCUCUGGCUAUCAACUCUAUCUAUGCCUCUCAUUAUCUUGUAUACCUCAAUUAGGUCCCCUCUCCUCCUCCUUUUCUCCAAUGAAAAGAGACCGAGCUCAGUCAACCUCUCUUCAUAAGAUAAGCCCUCCAGUCCAGGCAGCAUCCUGGUAAACCUCCUCUGAACCCUCUCCAAAGCAUCCACAUCUUUGCUAUAAUAGGGCAACCAGAACUGGACGCAGUAUUCCAAGUGCGGUCUAACCAAAGUUUUAUAGAGCUGCAACAAGAUCUCACGACUCUUAAACUCAAUCUCCCUGUUAAUGAAAGCCAAAACACCAUAUGCUUUCUUAACAACCCUGUCCACUUGGGUGGCCAUUUUAAGGGAUCUAUGUAUCUGCACACCAAGAUCCCUCUGUUCCUCCACGCUGCCAAGAAUCCUAUCCUUAAUCCUGUACUCAGCUUUCAAAUUCGACCUUCCAAAAUGCAUCACCUCGCAUUUAUCCAGGUUGAACUCCAUCUGCCACCUCUCAGCCCAUCUCUGCAUCCUGUCAAUGUCCCGCUGCAGCCUACAACAGCCCUCUACACUGUCAAUGACACCUCCGACCUUUGUGUCGUCUGCAAACUUGCUGACCCAUCCUUCAAUUCCCUCGUCCAAGUCAUUAAUAAAAAUUACAAACAGUAGAGGCCCAAGGACAGAGCCCUGUGGAACUCCACUCACCACUGACUUCCAGGCAGAAUAUUUUCCUUCUACUACCACUCGCUGUCUUCUGUUGGCCAGCCAAUUCUGUAUCCAAGCAGCUAAGUUCCCCUGUAUCCCAUUCCUCCUGACCUUCUGAAUGAGUCUACCAUGGAGAACCUUAUCAAAUGCCUUACUGAAGUCCAUAUACACCACAUCCACAGCUCGACCCUCAUCAACUUUUCUAGUCACAUGUCAUAGAUAAGUGAUAGCAAGCUGUACACAAUCUGAGAAAGAGGUUCUGAUUUCUGGAUCAGGGUUGCGCCAGGGUGGGGGAAAGAAAUGGCAAAUAGAGAAACAAUGAACUGGCUUGCCACCAACCCUGUCAGAACUCAACUCUGUAACACUGUGGAUAGAUGAGCUGAAAAUAUCAUUAAACCUCUUUAGGCAUAACAAAAUUUGAACAGUUUCAGCAGGUAAUUAAAAAUUGAUUAUGUCUAACUGAAAGCAACAGAAACUAAAGCUAUACAAAUUAUAGGAUUAUUUCAAUGUGAGAAUGUCUUCACUAUUAUGCAUCCACAUUCUGACGUCUUUUUCUAACUGGAAUGGAAUUCAAAAAACUUUUGUUCUAAUGUCUUGGAAUUUCACACCAGGAUUAUUAACCUGACAUCAGGUGAUUAGCCAAAGUAUUAAAAUGAACGCCCAAACACCCACACCCUCGCCCACACAGUAUGAAACACAUACAGCAUUGACAUCAUGCCCUCAAUAAUAACUGACUUGUUCAAAUAUUACAAAGAUGAAAAUAAGUUUUGAACAAUAAUUACAUUGAUAUCCCAACUCCACACCCCCACAUACUAUGCCUUCUCAUUUGACAAGGCACAUAAUAUUUACAUUAUUGAGAAAAUGAGCCAUACAUUUUAAGAAGCAGAAAAGUCUGUACUCUCAAGGUAAGAUUGAAUGUGUUCAAUCUCCAGAAACAAUGUCUUCUUAAUAGUCUGAAAAUAUAGUUUUGAAAUAUAAUGGCUAAUGUUCAGUAAUAACACAACAACUUUAGAAUAGCAGGAAUGAGACUGAACAGCAAAAUAAAAUCCCAUUUACUCUGGAAAAUCAAGCUAUCUUGUGAGGUUAAUCAAAAACUGAGAUUCUGCACUCCCACCCACUCCCUUGUACUUUAACUUAAAUGCCAAAGCACAUGAUUUCCACAAACAGAUACAAAACAUUUUUCAUAAAAAUAGAAAAAUGUUAUCUGGCCUUUCAUUUUGGGGCAUUGGUGGAGACUGGGACGAACAGCACAAGUGCUUAAAUGAAAAUUAUUCCAUUACAUUACCUUUCACAGAAUGUUUUUGAAUCCACACAUGGUAUAUCCUGCUGAUGUGUUUUAUCAAUCAGCUAAUAUUCUACAAUUUCCAGUAUUUGUUUCAAAGUAAACAUAUUAAUUAAAUUGAUUAAAUCAGUUUAAUUGCAAUGCUGAAUUUAGUAAGACUGUAAAGUAACAUAUCAAAAGCGCAGUUGUUAAAGUAAGAAUUAAUUUCAACUUCUUUCCUGACUGUGUGGGUUUCUUCUGACUGUUCUAGUUUUAUCCCACUGUCCAAAGAUGUGCAGGUUAGAUGGUCUCGUCAGGAUAGAUGGGGUUACAGGAUGCAGAGGGGUAUUGGGUCUGGUUGGGAUGCUCUUCAGAAGAUUGAUGCAAACUGGAUGGGCUGAAUGGCCUCCUUCCACACUGUACGAAUUCUAUGGUUCUCUGUUUUGUAGAACUGAAUUUAUAUAUUUUAUAAAACAAUCAGACUUAUUGGUCGACAAUCAGAAUUUUCACAAAAAAUGUUCCAGAAUGUCUAAGAAGAACUGUUAUGGCUAUUAAUCACUGUCUGCCUUUAUAUGAAUCAUCAUAAUUAGAGUGAUAAACAUCUCAGGUCAUCUCAUAUUGCUGUAUCUAUUUACUCUACAUCUUGCACAGGCAUUUGCUGUGCAAUUAACAGUCCAAACCAGUACAAGUAUAUUAAGAGUUGUCCCUGGAUGACAAAUAGUUAACAUCUUCGCUUUUAGUAAAUUGAAAAAGAAAUGUUGCAGUUUAAAGUGGGGAAUACUUUGCAUACUGUGAACUUACAAUUCUUUAAAAAACUCUGGAGAUGGGCUUCUUUUGUUUCCGUGAGGAAACAAUAACAAGAAAACAGUUAUUAAUCACUGCAAUUCCCAGAGAGCUGUCAAUCCCUUAAAACGUUUUAUGAACAAUUUGAAUAGAUCAAUAUCAUCUACUGUGAAUGUUACAAGUGUAAUUAGAUUCAUAGUGCUAUUGAGUUAUGUUGCAUAAUGUAUAGUAAGAAAUCCAGUCAUUCUAUAUUGCAAUAUAUGGAUUAAAGGCAUCUGAUAUCCCAUCACCUCAUCUAUUUUCUAGUUUCCUACUAUCUUCAUCACCUAUUCAUAUUGUUCCUUCUUCACACCAUGGCCGACUUGAUGAAUGGAAUAGAGAAAUCUGCUUUACUGUAGAUUCAGAAUGAAGAACCUUACCUUGAAAUUAUAUUGCAAAAAAAAUUACAUUAAGAAAAAUAGAAUAAUAUAAGAACAAUGUAGACCAUUCAAAACCUCUAACCUAUCUGCCAUUGACUGAUAUGUACCUCAACUCCAUUUAUGGAGCUUUCUUCCAUAAUAUCAUAACGUUCCACCAUUUCAAAUCAAUAGAUCAAUGACACUGCUGAAAUAUUGGACAGAGGAGCAUUAGACAAAUAUAUUAAGCAUUACUGCACUAUUAACACAUAACGUACUUCCAAGACUGUGAUAUGUUUUAUUAAAGCAGAAUAUCAAAAAAUUGUCAUGUAGAGGUGAUACAUCGCAUGGUGAAAUAAUCAUGCAUGGGCUCCAGAUGGAGUCAGCUCAAUGAAUUAACUGUCCUUUUUUGAUGCAGGCUAACAUUUUCUCUUAACUUCCUACUCAGAAUUUUUAUUUUAGAGCUAAAGCUGUAGACAAUGUAAUAAAAAGAAAGCUUUGAUGUCUUUGAAUUAGCUUCAGGCAAGAAGUUAAACUUGUAAACCAAAUAACGUUUAUUAACACUCAAGUAUCGUCAUAAAUGUGGGAUUCAAUUACUGACAGCUGUUGAUUAUCCUACGUGUUCAGUUGCACUUAUUUGUAGCUUGUAGUUUUACAUACAAUUAACUGGAAAAUGUUCAUUUCGCAUUAGGUAACAGGCAGUAAUAUUUGAAAUAACUAGUAACAUUUAGAGGGCACAUAUACUUUUGAAAUGUGGUAAUUUCAUUGUCUCUCUGAAGCAGCUAAUAUUAAUGAACAUUAUUUUGCACAUGCAAAGCACCAAAUGGCAACUUACAAGUUUUAUUGCUUCUUUAAAUUACUCAAUCCUUUUUUCCUCCUGUAAUGCCUCCUUUGCGUUAUAUUUCUAUAUCUGUGCAGCUUUUCUGCAGAAUGUAAUGUCUAGUUUCAAUACCAUGGUGGUGAAGUUGCAUGAUUAGCUUACUGUCACAGAUAGUUUGAAUAUUCAACAAUUUCCAGUGUUCUAAAAUUAAAAUAAAUAUGAUUCUCACAGAUUUAGAAGGAAAGGUCUUAGGUGCUCAAAGUUUGACAUGGUAUUCUCUUAAGCCAUUUUCAAUGCAUUAGUCCUGAAGAGACUUCACUUAAGCUCUAGCUCAUGCCAGUAUAAGUGUGUACAUGUUUCAUCAACACAAGUGGGGUAAUAUUACAGCACACUUAAAGAAUUAGACCACCUUGGUUGUUAACAUCAGAAUGAGAGGUUGUUUCUCCCUUUCAAUGUUUUUUCACAAAUUUCUUUAGUUAAAUAGCUUUAAAUUGUCAGAGAAAGUUAAUAUUAAAUAACAAAUUAGAAACACCAUAUAACAAAUUUAUAGAAAACUAAUGUAGUCCUUGAAUAGUGCUGAAGAUUUUCCCUUCAUACAUAACUUACUAACAUGUUUUGUGUAUGGAACAUAGCUUUUCACAGAGAACUAGAACUCUAUUCUAAAGUUUGAUUAGUGCUUUAAGCUAUCAAACCCAUUGCUCAAGCUUCUUUUUGACAUUCUAGUUUAUCUUUAUUUGUGAACUGAAAUAUGAUGCAGAGCUAAAGAUUUGCUUCUGAUUCCUACUGUAAUGCUUGCAGGACAGGCUAAUCCUUUGCAUUAAAGUUGAUCUCUAUUCAUAUAAAGGCAACUUUUUUUCUCAAAGAUCCACUUGUUUUAAAGUGCUCGUGCAGCUCAUUUUACUUUAUUUCUUAAAGAACAGCAGAGAACUGCCAUUUAGUCUGUGGGAAAGCGAUAAGGAAUGUCAAUGUAUUAUCUGUUUAAGAAUGUAUGCACUGGAAAACCUUUUGUAUUUCAUAUAGCCUAAGUUCUACUGGAGCUAUUAACAAACAAAUAAAGUUUACAUAUAUUUAUAG